AUAUAGGAAUAUUGGAAAUUUUUGGAAAGUAAUUUGUUUACCUUCUCGUGAAAAAAGCGAUCGAUUUAUCGCGUAUAUCAUAUUAUUAAAGUUCGAUUGCUGUUAAAUAAACGGAGCGCAUCAAACAUCGAGUAUAGGAUGGAUAAAUAUCUUUAUGUGAGCAUCUUCGAGUUUCCUAAAAGCUCCAAUCUCGUAGAAAAUCUAUCUAUCACCGAUAAUUGCAACGAUGGCUGCUGAUGACAAUGUAAACUGUUUGUUCAAUCGAAAAGAAAAAAAUAACUGCUUUCGGUUGCAUCAGGAAAAUCUUGACAAAGUAUAUAGUAGCGCAACAACAUUAAAUUCCAAAUAUCCAAAUGUUUUGAAUAAAAGUCAUCGAACCGACAAGGAUAUCUUGGAGCCUCGCUGCCAUCAAAAAUUAAAAAGCUCCUUUUCCGGACCAGAGGUUCGUUAUAUCAAUCCAGCUAUUUAUGCGGAAUCUCUAAACAUCGAAGACGACGAGGAAGAGACGAUGAACAUCAGGAUACAUGUCGACCAUACGAACAAGACCAAGAUCUUGAACGAUACUGGCACAAGCAAGCGAUUCAUCGAGGUUAAUAGCGGUGAUACAGCUACAAGAAUGGCUGAUAGGCUCUCUUCCUUGUCCUUGAAGGAAGCAUUAGUUCCUUCGUCCGGUGAUUUUGCUGGUGAUGAAAUAGCGUCGCCAGAAACUUAUCGCUGCUACUUUUCUACGUCAAGCGCAACUUCAUCCAUCGACAAAUCUUCUGCCCGUCAUUCCGAAUCUAUCGUUAACAUCAAGCCAGUUUCUCAUCGGGUCGAACGACGAUGUAGAAUCACUGAUAAAACGAACAAUGAUCAUCAACGAUCGUCGCCGAACGACUUCGACAUCAACGACAGGCAAAAGAAUCAACCAGAAGUACAGAGAUAUAUUAUGAACGGCCACAGAGUCGUGCAUAUAUCGACAGCAUCGAUCGGCAGCUCAAAAGCUUCUCAGAUGGUCGAGGAAUCCUCACUGGCUAGAAAGAGUGCUCACGAGGAAUGGUUACGCAAAAAGCAGAUGUAUCUUCAACAAAAAAGAGAAGAAGAGGAAAUGCUGGAAACAAAGAAACGAGAGGAAGAGGAGAGAUUGACACGCGAAAAGGAAGAAAAGGAGAGGAGGGAAAAGGAGAAUUUUUUCAAGUGGGCAGAAAAGAAGAGGAAAGAGGAAGCGGAUAAAAAAACGGCCCUUGAAAAGGAAAUGGAAAUAGAAAAGCAAUUGAAAGAAUUGGAGGAGAAAGCGGUAGUCGCAAAGGCCUUGUGCCUACGACAAUGGGCUCGUAAAAAAGAAGAGGAACAGAAAGAAUUUAACGUUUUUACGAUAGCACAGCAAAAAGCACAGCAGUUGAAAGAAGAACAGGACGAGAAAGAACGGAAAAGGAGGCAGGAGGAGAGCUUGAAAGCUUACGAGGAGUGGCGAGAAAAGUCAAAAAAUCGGCCUAAACCAGCGACGCAAGGAUUACUUCCGCAUCAAGCGGCAAAACCGGCAUUUAUAAACCCCACACCAUGGCAAAAGCUUAUUGAGGACAAUUCGGACGAUGGCCAAGGGGACGACGGUAAGAGGACGAAAAUAAAACGAAAAAUUAAAAAUAAAAAGAGAUCAUUGACGUAA